CUGCGAGGUCCUGGGGGGGGCACUAAUCACCCACAUUUGGGAGGGGAGGCUCGGAUUACAGCACCGGCCCCUUCUCCUUCUGCUCCUUUCCUCUGGAGUCUCCUGUUGUGUCUCCUUCUACCGUCUGCGAAGGGAAGAUUUCAGCAACAAAUUUCAGGCCAUUACAAACCAUCGUUCAUCUGAUGAUUUUCAUCCGCUCCUAUCAUGGCUAGAAUCAACCAGUUGGGAUUUCUAAGUGUUUUUAUUUUACUUCUACAUUGCACCAAACCGUCCUUGUCUCAGGCCAACUGCUCGGAAGUUGUGUGUGAACCCCUGCAGAACUGCAUAUUGGAGGUGCAGGAGGAGGGGUCCUGCUGCCCAUCAUGUGCACAGUUUGGGUGCCCCUGUGAGGGUUACCAGUACUACGAUUGCGUCAGUGUUGGAUUUCAAGGUGGUAAAGUUCCUGAAGGCGAGUCUUACUUUGUCGACUCUGGCAGCACGGAGUGCACCUGCCCCUCUGGCGGCGGGAGGAUCAACUGCCAUUUUAUACCGUGUACUGAACUGCCACCAAAUUGCAUUGACAUCAUUCAGCCGGCGGACAGUUGCAUUCAGUGCGGUAGGAUUGGCUGCAUCCAUGGCGAGGAGAAGUACGAGGCCGGGCACACUUUUCACAUGGCACACUGUAAAUUCUGCCAUUGCCCCAAUGCUGGGGGUGAGUUACUGUGCUACAAUGUGCCUGACUGCGACGAGAAGGCGGACAACUCCAUCGAGAGCGACCCCGAGAGACAGUACGACUACCCUGACAGCCACGAGCAGGAGCCCCUGGAGGUGGUGGAAAAAAACAAUAAUUAUAGAAGGAACGCUCUGCAGGAUUACCCCAUGAUGGACUACGAUGAGACCACGGAUGAGGCCGUAACCACUUUACCAACCACUACUCAACCCAUCAUCCUGGUGGAAUAUACCACAAACUAUCCCAGCAGCCAACCAUCUACCACUGCCUACACCACCGAGAGUAGCACCACCAUGGCACCAACAAUUUCCACUGAGGGUAAGACCACCACCCAGCCAGAUGUGGUAGAGCAGACCACCAGCCCGGCUCCCACCACCCAGCACAGACCCACGGAGCGAACCAUAGCCUCAACCACUGCAAGGGAGAAAGCCGAGACCCCGGAACUGGAGACAGAAGUAAACGGGAAGCAGGACUUGGAAGAAGAAGAAGAGGAAAAGGAAGGAAACAUCCUUUCCACAACAGCGACAUCGUUUCAGUGGGGUUCCAGUCCCUCCGUGGGGCCACAGGUCACGUUCCCUAGUCUCGAAAAGGAGAAGACUGUGAAGGACAUCCUCAAUCAGUCAAGACCACAUGAUGGAUCCUCCAAGGAGCUGAUAGAGACCUGCUGCAUGGCCGGUCAGCAGUGGUCUAUCGACCAUGGAGAAUGUGAGAACAUGCCCCUCAGCGCCUCCGGGGACUGCAGGCUGGCUGAGAGGCAGUGCUGUGUUUCUUACAUUAAGGAUAGCACAUGUAUUGCUGGGAUGAUUGCAGCCAAAGAAGAUGGAAUCUGUCUCCAGUCAGAGAAUGAUCACUGUGAACGGUCGCACUUUAAACUGUGCUGUGACUGCUGCGCCCUGGGCCUGAAGAUCAGGAAUGAAGGAGAUUCCUGCGAGUCCAACCUGAACCUGGGCUUCCCCUGUAACCACAUGGUGAUGCUGUGCUGCAAUGGAGACGAGCAGCUACUUUCACCAGAAAUGAAACCUCUGCCAAAACCGGAUCCGAUGCCGCAAUCUAAUAAAGAUGUUGAUGAGUGCUCUCUGAAUGCACACACCUGCGGGACGGGGGAGCGCUGCGUUAACACGGCGGGAUCGUUCCUGUGCGUCCCAGAGGUGCCAUGUGAGGCGGGGUUCAUCCUGGAAGUUGGCGUCUGUCAAGAUAUUAAUGAGUGUUCGUCCAGCCCGGGCCCCUGCAAGCAAGGCUUCCACUGUAUAAACACCCUGGGAUCGUACGUGUGCCAGCGCAAACACCUGAACUGCAACCGCGGGUACAAGUCCAAUGAGAACGGAACGACAUGCAUCGACAUUGAUGAAUGUGCCGGGGGGGCGCACAACUGCUCCAGUGAACAGACCUGUUACAAUCUCCCCGGGUCGUAUCGCUGCGACUGUAAGGCCGGGUAUCGCUUCGACACAUUCAGGAGGCGAUGUCUGGACGUCAAUGAGUGCUGGGUGCAUCCAGGGAGAAUGUGUCACCAUACGUGUGACAAUACGGUGGGCUCCUUCCGCUGCUCGUGCUUCGCUGGCUUCAGACUGGCGCAGGAUGGGAAACACUGUGAAGAUGUUAAUGAGUGUGAGCAGAACCCGUGUAACCAGGAGUGCACCAACAUGUACGGCUCCUACCAGUGUUUCUGCAAGGAGGGAUACAAGCUGGGCGAUGACGGCACCUCCUGCGAAGAUAUUGAUGAAUGUCGCCAGAGUAUCGGAUCUUUGUGCACUUUUGCUUGUGUCAACACCCCAGGAAGUUACCAGUGUGCGUGCCCAGAGCACGGGUACACAAUGUCCGUCAAUGGGCUAACGUGCAAAGACAUUGACGAGUGUGAAAUCGGGACCCACAACUGCACAUCGUCAGAGGAAUGUUAUAACAUCCAGGGGAGUCACAAGUGUCUGUCCUUCGAAUGCCCCGAAAACUACCGGAGAGUCUCCAAUAUGCAAUGUGAGCGAAUUGGCUGCUUCACAUACCAGGACUGUCAGAACACCCCGGUGCGGAUCUCCUACCAUCGACUGAACUUCCCAACUGGUGUGGUGAUCCCAUCGCAGAUAUUCCGUAUCUCCCCAUCUCCAGCCUACGCUGGUGAUAAUAUCAUCAUGGACAUUAAAAAAGGAAAUGAGGAAAAUUAUUUUAGUGUGAGGAAAUUGAAUCCAUACACGGGGAUCCUGUCCCUGCAGAGACCUCUCAGGAAGCCCAAGGAUUUCCUACUGGAUGUGGAGAUGCGGCUGUAUCGGCAGGGGACGGUGACCACCUUCCUGUCCAGAAUAUACAUAUUUAUUACUGCGCCCGUCUCCUAAUAGCGUUAUUAUUUGCAGUGAGGACAGAAGGCGAGUAGAAAUGAUAAGCUAAGAAUGGGUCGUGGAGACAGAAUGACGGACUCUUAGGACUCAUGUAACCGACAUUGUAACUUAUUGUGGGUGUGACCUCUAUAACCCAUUUAUAUAAUAUUUAUAAUCAGAUGAUGGUUCGGGGUUUGGUGCCCGUUUUAUUCAUGCAGCAGGUGCCAUCAUAUUGUUAUAUUAUUCAUCUUUUAAAUUCUGUGGGAACCAGUGAAAUCAGUGAGGUGCCAUGAGGCUCAUACCUCAUUGGUAUCAAAAGCUUAUAGAGAGUUAAUGAUUCUCAUUAAUAUUGAGAAUUUCCCACCUAAGGGGUCAGACGGGACCUGCAUGUAUCGGAACUGUGCUAUUUUAUUUAUGACGUUUUAAUUUAUGUAAAUGAAUGCAACUUUGUUUAAUCGCAAAAUUAAGCUGAAUAAAAUCAGAAAA